AUGGCUGCCCUUCAAGGUCUAUGGUCCACUUACCGAAUGAACUCGGGCCAUGAGAUUCCUAUCCCUGGAUACGGAAUCUUUUUCACAACCAAAAUUCCACCCGGGUCGAUAGGCUACGAGCGCACCAGGAAGGCUAUCGAUACGAGCCGAAAGAAGCGGAGCAGGACUACUUCGAUCCUCGAGGCUCAGAAGGCCGGGAAGACCAAAUCUAUUGGUGUAUCUAAUUACGGUGUACAUAAUCUUGACGAGCUGGAGCAAUAUAUCAAAGGCGGUGGUGGUACUAUUGACGUUGGACAGAUUACGGAGGCUGUGGUGAAGACGAUUGGCAAGAAAUAUAACAAGUCUCCGGCCCAAGUUCUGAUCCGAUGGAGCUUGCAGAAGGGCUUCGUUCCUCUUCCUAAAUCUGCUACUCCAAAUCGGAUCCAGGAGAAUGCCGAGGUGUUCGAUUUCGAGUUGUCUGAUGCGGAUAUGAAAAUCCUCCAUACAGGAGAGUAUGACCCGAUAGAUUGUGAUCCAACUAUCGAUUAUGAUUGA